UUCAACGAUUUCGCCCCGCCAAACAGUUUUUUUUAUUUCACAACGCCAGUAAUUUUAUCAAAUCCUCCGCACACUAAUCGAAAACAUUGUCGAUCCCCAUUUUUUGCAGAUAAAAAAGGGAAAACAAUAAGGAAAAGAAAAGGAGGGAAAAUGGAUGUGACGCCGGCGGCGACGAAUGAUGUGGCGCGCGGAGAUCGGAGCGAAACUCGGACGUGCGUAGUUCUCGGAGGCCGAGGAUUCUCAGGAAGAACGCUAGUCAACAGGUUGCUUCGACUCGGAGGCUGGAUCGUCCGAGUCGCUGACUCAUCUUCUCACUCGCUGUUGCUCGAUACUUACUCCGCUUCCGACUCUCUCCUCGCCGAUGCUAUCAAUUCUGGUCGAGCCUCCUUUUGCCACGUCGAUGUUCUCGAUACGUCUCAAAUUAUCGAAGCAACUAAAGGUGCAGAUGUUAUAUUUUACAUGGAACCGACUGAUUUAGAUGAUCAUGAUUUCUGUAAUUGUUACAUGAUCAUAGUUCAAGGUGCAAAAAAUGUCAUCAAUGCCUGCCGAGAAAGUAAAGUUAGGCGGCUUGUAUACAACAGUUCUGCAGAUGUCGUUUUUGAUGGUUCACGGGAUAUACUUAAUGGUGACGAGUCCUUCACUUUUCCUGGGAAAUUUAAAGAUAUGAUGAUUGACCUUAAGUUUCAAGCAGAAGGACUAAUCAGGUUAGCUAACAAUAUUGAUGGUCUUCUAACAUGUGUACUUCGCCCUAGCAAUGUCUUUGGACCCGGUGAAACACAAUUUGUUCCUUUGCUGGCAAAUCUAGCCACGUUUGGUUUGGCAAAGUUCAUUACAGGAAGUGGUAAAAAUAUGUCUGAUUUUACCUAUGUCGAGAAUGUUGCUUAUGCUCAUAUCUGUGCUGCAGAAUCUUUAGAUUCUCAAGCAGUGUCUGUGGCUGGAAAGGUUUUUUUCAUCACAAACCUUGAGCCUGUAAUGUUCUGGGAAUUUGUGUCUCUCAUACUUGAAGGCUUAGGGUAUCAAAGGCCGUUCAUAAAAGUUCCUACUCGAAUGGUUUCCUAUAUAGUCUUACUUUGUCAAUACAUACAUGACAAAUUGCGCUACAGAAUGUAUACAUAUUCUGUGUCACCUCAUUACCUAGUGCUGUUAGCUUCACGUAACAGAACUUUUGACUGCUCUGCCUCUCAAAAGCAUCUUGGAUACGCCCCUGUCGUCUCCCUAAAAGAUGGUAUCAAGUCAACCGUUGAAUCGUUCUCUCAUCUAACCAAAGACUUGUAUUUUAUGAGAUUCAGAAAUUUUGAUGAACAAUCCAAAGUGGAGAAGCUGCUAGGCAGCGGGACAGUUUCAGAUAUCUUGCUGUGGAGAGAUGAAAGGAAAACAUUUUCCUGCUUCCUUACUCUGGCUAUGGUACUUUAUUGGUUCUUUUUCUGUGGAAGAACUUUUAUCUCAUCUGCAGCCCAGCUUCUGCUGCUAGUUACAACCAUGCUUUAUGGACAUGGCAUUUUAACGUCAGCGACAUCCGGUUUCUCUGUUCAAAAGAUACCAUCAUCUUGUUUUGAAAUACAAGACUCGGAUGUGAAAAAUUCAGUCAGAUACGUAUCUUAUAUGUGGAAUAGAAUAGUUCAUAGCAUCAAAUUGUUGGCCAAGGGAGACGAUUGGAGCAGGUUUUUCAAGGUUGUGAUUUUUCUGUAUUUGUUCAAGUGGAUUGUCUCUUAUUCAUUGGCCGUACUCGUUGGCUUUGUUCUGGUUUUUGCCUUCACUGCAUUCUUUGUUUACGAACAAUAUGAAUCAGUGAUCGAAGGAUUAGGGGCGGUUCCGUUGUUUUGCAUCGCAGAAUCAAAAGGAUCGAUAAUGAGGAUCCUCCCUGAUUCGCUCACGGCAUUUAUUCGAAACAUCAACGUUUUGCUUCAAGAAAAAGUUCGGUCGUCGUAAAGGCACGGUAAUCACCGGAUCAAGCUCUUGUAGCAUUUUAGUUUCCUUACUGAUCGGUUGUAUUGCGUUUAGACUAGCAUCAAUGAUCAAACUACAGAAAUUGAACGCCUUGAACUCUGCUCCUUUGAAACGUAUAUCAAUGUAUAUAGGGUAUAUAA